GAAGGCAAAACGUGGCCAGAUCCUACGACCUGAAAAUCACAACGUCUACUGCAAAAGGAAAAAAAAGAAAAAAUAGCAAAAUGUCCAAUCCUGACGAGUCAGCGUUCACUUUCCUCCCCCUUGGAGCAAUCAUUCAAGAAUUUAAUGUGGGUGGUACCAACAUUGUCCAAGGCUUCAAGACACAAGAAGACUACAUCAAAUACAACACUCCGUACUUUGGUGCCACAAUCGGACGAGUCGCAAACCGUCUCAAGGAUGGAUUGCUACAAAAUGUGAAUGGGCAAACUUAUUCCUUGGAAAAGACUAAUGCGCCUAAUGCGCUACACGGUGGUUCAAAGGGAUGGGAUAAGAGGAUCUUUGAAGGUCCCAAGGCUGUUAAUCGAAAUGGAAAAGAAGGCCUCUUCUUCAAGUAUUUAAGCAAAGAUGGAGAGGAAGGGUAUCCGGGAACGGUUGAGGUUAGGGUUUGGUAUACCGCAAGUAAGGAAGAUGGCAAAACGGUGUUGGAAACGGAGUAUGAGGCGGAGUUGGUUGGGGAUGAGGUUGAGGAGACUGCGGUUAAUAUUACCAACCACUCAUACUUCAACAUCUCCGGUGGCCCGGAUAUCAGCGGCACAAAAGCCAAGCUAGCAACAGACUGGCAUCUCCCCUUUGACUCGACCGCCAUCCCACUCGGCACAAUCGACCAUUUCUCCAAAAUCAAAGUCGCUGAACCAUUUAUACUCGGCGGCCCCGAUGCCGAGAUUGAUGAUUGCUUCCUUAUCGAAACCGAUCCUUCAAAAGUUCCCCUCGACACUAGACCCCAAGCCUUGCACUUACUAGCAGAAUUCAGCCAUGAUAAUACAAACCUUCAUCUUGAAGUGUAUAGCACUGAGCCAGCUUUCCAGUUCUAUACGGGCAAUUUCAUCGAUGUCCCCGCUGUUAACGGCUUACCUGCUCGUGGGAAAUAUGCGGGGUUCUGUGUUGAGCCUAGUCGGUAUGUGAAUGCGCCAAAUGUACCGGAAUGGAGACAUAUGGCUGUGCUCAAGAAGGGGACGAUUUAUGGGUCGAAAGUUGUGUAUAAGGCGUGGAAGGAGUGAGUUGGUUGUGCGUGCGCCAAUACGAGCUUGUAUGCACGUAUGUAUGCCAGCUACGUACGGAGUAUGUACUGCAGCAUGCAUCAUGUCAUGUAUCCUCUAUGCUCGAGUAUUCUGAACGGGCUAAAUGUACAGUCGUUUGAUGUGAACAUACGUUCGAAACAUGUCCAAUCUCCUAUCUCCUAUAUCCUAUCUCCUAUCUCCGAUCCGGACUUCAUGCAAAUCCCAGGAUACAUGCCGGACCAAUAGUAAAUGAAAUAAAUCCUGGCGGACGUCAGAUCAAG